UUUGUAUGUCAAACACAAUUAUUGAAAUCAUAUAUUUCAGCAGUAAAACAAAAACAUAUAUAUCAAGACUACGGUGUAUCUGUGUUAUAAUUGGUCAUUUGCUGAAGUUGGUUGUUCAUCAUUGCAAUUUGCAAACUGACAAUGUAAUAUCACAGGAUAUCAUGUGUGUUAUCUAUAUGAAAUGCCUGUCCAAUACUAUAUGUACUGGUAUUUGGUAUUGGUAUUUUUUCUUGUUGAAGAAUUUUUGCAUGUCAAACAAGAGAUUUAAAUCAUUCAUUUUAACAGAAAAAACAAAAACAGAUAUAUCAUAACUAAACAUCUACUGUCGUGUUUAUUCGUCAUGUUUAGCCAUUCGCUAGAAUUGGUUUUUAUCAUUGCAUUACCUGUGUAUGUUAUCUAUAUAUGAGAAGGCUAUCUAAUACUACCUGUACCAGUUUGCUCUUGUCAUGUCUACAUCAAGGAAGCAUGAAAAUUCUGAUCAUAUAUUUUAGCAGGUAAUAAACAGAAAAAUCAUAAAUAAACACCUAUUAUGGUGUAUAUUUGUCUUUUUCAAGAAUUUUCAUAUGUCAAAAGUGGGUAUUCAAUUCAUUAUUUUAACAGUUAACAAGAACAGAUAUAUCGUAACUAAACAUCUAUUGUGUUUAUUUGUCAUUUGCUAGAGUUGGUUUUUCAUCAUUGCAAACUGACAACAGAUUAUCAUCUGUGUAUGUUAUUCAUAUGAAAAGGUUAUCUAAUACUAUCUGUACUGAUCUAAUACUAUUAUGAUUAAAUCAAUUUUUUUUUUUAUUAGCAAACAUUUCACAGAUUUUUUAUGAUCAGUUUAUUGAUAAUAUCCAAUUGAUUGAUUAGCCUUAUUCGUCUGUAUCUCCACAGAUCUAUCCACUGAAUUUGGGUUUGUUAUUUUUCUUGCUUGUUUCUACAGAUGACUUAUUGCAUAACAGAAAUAGGAGUCAGAUACUUAAAAUGAUAAGUGCAGCUUGGGAUUGGUAUUACGGUUCACAAGAUGAAGAAUUACUUGCUGAUUGUGAAUUUGGGGAGCCAUACUCUAUUAAACGAUAUACAAACAAGAAUAUUUGUGUACGACCAGCUACACUUAAUAAUGGAUUACAAGUUACCAUCUUCACACAAGUGAAAACUAGACCAAAGGAUGUAACAGAUUUGGAGAAAUGUUCAAAGCGAUUGAAGCUGUUACGUCAUCCGAAUAUUUUGAGACAUAUUGGAUUUGUUUGUACUGAAACAGAAGCUCAUCUUGUUACAGAACGAGUCUCACCAUUAUAUUUGCAAUUCGAAACUGCUGAUGCAAACGAAGUGUCAAGUGGGAUAUAUGACAUUGCCCAAGCGUUAAAUUUUCUUCAUGAAAAGGCAGGAUUGUCGCAUAAUGCAGUUAGCAUUGAGAGUAUUUAUGUCGCUGAAGGUGGAGCUUGGAAACUUUCUAAUUUUGAAUAUGCUUGUCCUUUUGAGGAGGCCACGGCAGAUCAUUUAAAAACUAUAAAAAGGCCAAAAGAAAUCAUGCCACCAGAGGAAUCAGAUAGUCAUGUUGGAUUUCCAAUUGAAAAGAAAUAUGGUCACUGUAGGGAUGUAUAUGCACUUGGAAUACUUCUCGGAAUAUUCAAUAAAGAAGCCCGAUUUGCGUCGGAAGUAAAAACACAGGAAUUGCAGGAUUUACUUGAAGAAAUACUUCAAAAGGAAUACACAAAUCGUCCUAAAAUUUCAGAGCUUCUAGAUACUGCCAUUCUCACAUCUGAAUAUAUCCAAAUCGUAAAUUUCUUGCAAAGUAUUACACUAAAAAAUAAAGCAGAUAAAAAGAAAUUUUUUUCCGGACUAAUUGCAAGGUUAAAAAAGGCUUGUAUUUCAGAUGAAUUGAUUGCCAAGAGAAUUGCAAAACUAAUUCUUUCACCUGUUGUCUUAUCAGAAACUGAUGCAGUCGAAAACAUCCUUCCAAGAUUAUUAUCUCCCAUACCACUCAGAACUCAAGUUUCAUCUAAUGGCUUAAUCUCAAGCAGUAUGUUUGCUAGGCACGUUAUUCCACAAAUAGUCGAUUUGAUGGACAUAAAAAUUCUGCAUGUUCGAUUAGCUCUAGUGAGAAAUUUUCAUCGUUAUGUCCAUAUGUUUGAUAAAACCGUUCUCCAAGACGCUGUUCUUCCUGAAAUAUUACUUGGACUACAUGAUGCAAAUAAUCAACUUGUAAAAGAAAGUUUACAUGCUCUGGCUGAUGCAGUUCCAAUUGUCGGUGGGGAUUUAAUUGUUGGUGCAGAACGUGAAAAGAUUUUUGGUUUUGGAAUGCCCAAGUUUAAUGGGUCUGUGUUGAUUGAUGCAUCAUCCUUAGCAUAUGAGAUUAAGCCAAAGCGUAAACCAAAACCACCGAAGAAAAAAUCACCCGUUCGACCAUUGACUCUUCUGGAGAUGGCAAUGCGACGACAACAAAGUCCUUCAAAAAGGCAAACACAAAAACAACGAGAUCUAAUGAUGUUGAAGCAACAUGAGCUUGCAAUGACCUUUGUUUCAACCGCACCAAAAACCAACGGUAUUACUCCAUCCUUGAAGGAGGAAGAGGUAGUUCUUGAAGUCUCUUGUGAAGGAAACCAUAUUGAUUUGACACAAAGUCUAUCGAAUGGAGUAAAUGGAUAUGCUGUUACCAAAGCUAUAGUACCAGAAAGUGUGAUUACUGUAGCGGAAGCCAAACAACCACUACCUGAAACGAAUAAAGCAAAUACAGAUCAUUAUGACAUCCGGAAAAAAGAAAUUCGGCAGCCAGAGGUCGAAACUUGGGCAGGAAGUGGAAGUGAAGAGGAGACUUGGGAUAACUUUGACACUUUUGAUAAUGAUGAUAUUGAACAUCCAUCUAUUGAAGCAAAAAGUAUCAAACCUGCUGAAGAUUCCCAAUUGUUAAAUGAUCAUAAUUUUGCUUCGACUAAUACAAAAGGUGAAACAGAAAAACCUGAAUCUACUAUGCAACAAAACACUGAAAAUUUGGGAAAUGAAUUUGAAAUCGCAGUUAAAGUGGCAUCAAUCGCAACAAACAGUGAACCAGACUUUUUUGCAGACAUGACUCCUGAUAUUCCUACCAGAAAAGUUCCAGUGCUACCUACACCGCCGCUUUCACAAAACCUAAUGAUAAGAAGUGGAAGUGUAACAACUGAAAGCUUGAGUACGAAGAGUAGUCCAAUUAGUGUUUCUUUUACUGCUAAUGAUGAUCUUGCAGAUGACGAGGCAACAGAUGGUUGGGAGAAUGAUACUAUUGCUUGGGAUGAUUAGAAUUCGAUCAUUCAUAAAUGUCAAGAAAUAAAAUCGAAUCUGGAAAAUUGUGGAAUUGGUAUCAUAGGAUCAAAUUUUGACACGUCCCCAGAUGAGAUAUUGUUAUCAGAGUUGAUGUUAUCAUUCGCAUUCAUUUUCUUUAUAAAAUUUAGAUCAUAGAUUUGGUUAAGCAUGGUAUGAAUUUGUGCAAUUCAAACAAAAUUACUAUGUAUUGUAAAGUUAAAUAUCUGUGUGAUUAUAACCUUGGCACAUUCCUAAUUUUGGAAUCAUUUUUGCUGCUUGCUUGUAACCCCUUUUCAAUUGUGACUGUGGUUAAGCAGUUAUUUAACAUGCUGAGUGGUCAAUGGAAUGACUUGCCAGAGCCUUGUUUAUUGAUUGUCUUUUCAUACUGUAUGAUCAUAAGUCCAUGACCUGCAAUUUGCAUUAUGUAUCAGUGAUUAUUUAUUUAUUCAAUGUCAACAGUUUUUUUUGGUGAGACUAAAGUGACAUUUUCAGUCGUCAGUUAUGUCAGUUUAUAUUGGUAUUCAAAUUAUUGUUAAGUUCCGACUGGUUUGAAUGUUUAUAUCGAAACUAAAAUUCUUAUAUUUUUCAAGAUGCAGAUCAGAAGAUGUGUUGUUCAUAGAUUAAACUGUGCAAUUUUUGUUAAUAUAAUAUUGUGCCUGUGUAAAUGUUGUGUUUAUAUUAUUUUGACAGAAAUUUCCGCUUGCAACCGAAAAUAAAAAAUUUUCCUUAUUUUGUGUAUAUUUUGUUCUUUGUCAUCUGUUUUUGUAUGUACUCUCUUAUGUACCCUCUGUGAUUUGAUAGAAUCAGGUAUCUAAAUUUGUUCUUAUUGUUCUGAUUUUAUAAUUUUGUUAAAUCUGAUUGAAAUGCAGUAAGAUUUGCAUCUGAAGACUCCUCCCUAACCAAUAACUUACUUUCAGGCUUUCACUAAUGGAUUGUUCAUGAACUAUAUGUAAAAUUGAAUGGACAUAUUAUAGCUGGAUUACAUCUAGCUCCCCAAGUAUACAAAAAAUUGGGUAAAAGUAUCAAAAUUGUCAGAAAGUCAUAUUAUGAUUUUUAAUGGUAUAUAAACUGUUUUGUAGUUUUAAUAGGAUUGACUCUGUUGCAGCCAUUUGUCUUAUAUUUUGUUUGUCUUCCAAGGUAUUGGUGCUCUAUUUAACACAUGAUCCAUGGCAAAAAAUUUUUUGGAUUUGUACUAUCAUUGAUGUGACAGAGUUCCGAAUCAUAUUAUUUAUGUUUACACUUUCAUUCACUGGAAUAAAUACACUUGAGAAGUGA